UAUAACCCCAACAUGAACGUGGGCAGAAGUGGAUACAGGGUCUUCUGUGCCAACAACAUCCCAGCAUGCACCGAACUGGCCAACAAGAUCACUGAGCGUCUUGGUGUGGAACUGGGCAAAUCGGUGGUGUUUGAGGGGGCUAACAGAGAGACCACAGUGGAGGUGAAGGAAUCAGUCAGAGGACAGGACAUCUUCAUCAUCCAGACCAUACGCAGGGAUGUGAACACGGCGAUCAUGGAGCUGCUGGUGAUGGCGUACGCUCUGAAGACGUCCUGCGCUAAGAACAUCAUCGGCGUCAUCCCGUAUUUCCCUUACAGCAAGCAGUGCAAGUUGAGGAAGAGAGGAUCCAUCGUCUGCAAGUUGCUAGCAUCCAUGCUGGCUAAAGCAGGUCUGACCCACAUCAUCACCAUGGAUCUGCACCAGAAAGAGAUCCAGGGUUUCUUCAACUUCCCUGUGGAUAACCUGCGAGCUUCACCAUUUUUGCUGCAGUACAUCCAGGAGGAGAUCCCUGACUUCAGAAAUGCUGUUAUUGUUGCAAAAUCACCGGCGGCUGCAAAGAGAGCUCAAUCGUAUGCCGAGCGUCUGAGACUCGGUUUGGCAGUGAUUCAUGGUGAAGCUCAGUCUGAGGCGGAGUCUGAUCUGGCCGACGGUCAAAACUCUCUUCCUGUGUUCAAGCCCUCAGGUGGACCUCCAGGCCUCGAGCUGCCCGUGAUGAUGGCUAAAGAGAAACCACCCAUCACCGUGGUGGGAGACGUUGGAGGUCGAAUCGCCAUCAUUAUUGAUGACAUCAUCGAUGACGUGGAGGACUUUGUGGCAGUGGCGGAGAUUCUAAAAGAGAGAGGAGCGUAUAAGAUCUACGUCAUGGCCACUCACGGCUUGCUCUCGGCUGACGCCCCGCGCCUCAUCGAGGAGUCCCUUAUAGACGAGGUGGUGGUGACUAACACUGUCCCCCACGAGGUCCAGAAGCUUCAGUGUCCCAAGAUCAAGACGGUGGACGUCAGUAUGAUUCUGGCCGAAGCCAUCCGCCGCAUCCAUAACGGAGAAUCCAUGGCCUACUUGUUCCGCAACAUCACUGUGGAUGACUAACAGCACGAUGUUAAAAAGCAUAAUGAGUCCUCAGGCUGAUCCAGGACCAGUCUGGGGCCUUUUUCUGUGAUGCCUCGUGUUUCAUCUGGUGGUUUCAGAUCCUGAUAUAUCAAAAAAAAAAAAAAAAA